AGGAAAUAGUGGAAGACAGGGACUAUAUACACACAACACAGGGAAACGAGCAACGAGAGGCAGGUGAGACACCGAGACACAGGUGAAGACAAUCACAGAGGAGGGAAAACUGAGGAAGUACAACAAGACUAGAAACACGGGGAAUAAACUACUACAAAAUAAAACAGGAAACACUGAAAACGGAUAAUAAAAACACUGAGAACAUGAGGUAACCGGAGUCAGACACAAACUAAAAACUUACAAGACAAGACUACAGGGGAACAGAAACGCUAGGGAAAAUCACAAAGAAAAUACACUCUAGAGAAACACAAAUCCAGGAAAUAACUAAAAACCAGAACAUAUCAUGACACUUUCUCCUCUUCAUAAUGAGAACAUCAGAUCCUGUAAACCCAUCCAGCUCUCGGUGAGUCUGCAGGAUCUCAGUGUGAUCUCUAACAGGGUUAACUAGUUAAAGGUGGGAUAGGCAGGAUUCGUUUUUGUGGUGUUUAGCUUUAAAUAUCAGUCAAUAGCUGUUAGUUAUUGAUGACAUUUGGUAAUAUAACGAUACCGCUGUGUUUUGUUAUGUCUGUAUAGUCAACAUUUUAAAUUUUUUGAGCGGCCCGCUCUUUCUGACUGUAAACAAAGUCAUUCUCUGCCUCCCCCAACCUGAUUGGUUGUGAGGCAGAUGCUGCUCCCUCAUGUUGUGAGGCACGCUCCACGUCUUCCAAUAACGUGCAUGAGCUAAGACACAGUUAGCGUGCUACAAUAUUGGAGAGUAGAAACCAACCAGAAAGUACAGAAAACACAAGCAAUAAAACAAAGUAAAUACCGGAGACUCUGGUGGAAUAACGGGCGCUUAAAACGGAGGUAGACUGACUGGACAAGAGCUAAGAAGCCCGGUCAACAUCAACAUAAACGAUGGGGAACACUUCAGGAUUUUACAGACUCUGUAACCUUUCUGCUGGACAGGUAAACUGCUUUAACAAAGUAAGCUAAGUGUCUGUAACAGAAGUGUUUCUUGUGCGAGCAGGAGUGUCUGUUUGUGGUUGGGAGGGUCGUGUUUACAAUCACGAUUUCUCCUAAAAAACCGUCACUUCCUCAGAUCCUGCCUACCCCUCCUUUAAUCUCUAACAGGUUAACCAGCUGUCUCAUCCUCAGGUGAAAGCAUCCGGGUGUCUGAGUGUUUAUCUGCUGCUGUAGCUGGAGGCGGCCAAUCAGAGGCCUGCCUGAGCCUCUGUUAACUGCGGCUCUCCUCCUGCAGCCGCAUCAGAGUCUGGAUGUUACUGUGAGGGGAACAGAAACCUCACAGCACCAUGACUCUACAGACACAGAAACAGGACGCCAUCCAUCAGACCUCAACGCCGCCCUGAACCUGCUCACAACUUUCAUCCUCCCCCCCGACUCCCCGGAUGUCCCCCCUCCCUCUGUCACCCAGCCAGAGGGGAGGAGAGGCAGAGAAACGUGGGAGGAGAGAGAGAGAGAGGGAUAGUGAGGGGGAGAUAAUUAGAAAAGAGCGCUGGGAGGGAGAGGAUCAGUCACCUGAGCUCAAGACUGCAGGUAAAAACUGUCAGAGGACGAACGAGAGAGGAGUAAUGAGAGAGAGAGGAAGAGAAAGAGAGGAAGAGAGGAGGAGGAGGAUAGAUGACCUGCGAUUUCAUCAUCCCUCCUUCCUCACAGAGGUCCUCAGAGAUCUCAGGCUGAGACUCUGAUCAGUCGAUCGUCUGUGGACUUCCUGACUCUGAAUCGUCUCUGAUGGACGGGUCUUUAUCUUUCUAUUCAGGUCCAGUUUGAGAUCUCACUUUACUCUGGUCUGCUGGAUCUGGAUCAUCAUAAAUCUAAGGUUCCUGGCUCUCGAUCUUUCCUGGUCUCCUGUUACUUUGUUUGUGGCCUCUUAGCUGUAGUUCCUGUCAGCUGUAGUUGUAUUUUCCCCUGAGCCAUGUUGGCGUGCAGAGCGACGUGUACGGCAGCAUGCAGAGUGGCGUGCAUGGUGGCGUGCAUUGAUCGAUGUCUCUCAGUGUUUUCAGUUUUUAAUGACAGCAGCAGCAGCAGAGCCGAACACUGAUCAGACCCUCACUCCUGAAAUAAAGUCAUGAUGAUGUCAGAGACUCUCCUCCUCCUGAAGGUUUAUAAUCAUCUCUCUCUCUCUCUUUCUCUCUCUCUCUCUUUCUCUCUUUUUCUCUCUGAGCGACUAAUUAAUCAUCUGAAGAAGAUGAGGAGGGAAGAGCCAGCGGAGGAUCUGAUCCAUCAUCACUGUUUAUGCUCUUUCAUUCUUUAUCUCUUCACGUCAAACAUCAGCAGCUCAUCCAGAGAGACGGGAAAACCUGCAGAGAGUCAACAGUCUGACCUGAACCCUGACAGAGAGAGAGAGAGAGAGACUCAUAACCUCCGUAAACUAUAAUAUGUAAUUAUCUUAAAGGCAUGGUUGACGAUUGGAGAGAUUGGUAAUUAUUAUGAACCUCGUUUCUAUGGCAAUCAUGGUCCUAUCGUGCGAUCUCCACCAAGUGAAGAGAGGAAAAAAUCUGUUCACCCUAGUAGGUGCAGAGCUGCAAAAACAUUGACCUCUCCAUCCAAUCACCUCGCUGUAUUCGACACACCCCUGUCCCGUAGAUCCGACUCGUCCCCUCCCACUCUCCCGGCCCUCCUCUGAGCUCUGAGCGGCUAAAAGUAGCAUAGCAUCAUAGCUACAGGAGCUGUGAUGGAGAAGGACGUGAAAAGAAACCACUUCUGCUUGCCCCACCGUCAAAAGGGGGAAGAAAACGCAAGUCAACAGAAGAAAGAGCGAAGACGGAGAGGAAAUGUGACCAAGUGAGGAAUCUAACUCGAAUAAACAUCGGGUCAUCCUUCAAGCGGUGGAGAAAGCUCCGCCAGGAUUUGGGCCUGAAAACAGACGCAGAGACAGCAGAGUUUUUGUUGAACAGAUAAUGUUUACCUUUUAUCGUGGCACAUGUAACAUAAAUAACUCUUAUUAGUCUCUGCAAUGUCGACACAGUAGCUGUCGAGAAAGCUGCAGAUGGCGCUUGCUAGCAGAGCUGGCGUUUACUGCCGCUAGUCAGUAGAAAUCCGACAUGGUGAAUCCUAUUUGAAGCUAGCGUAGGAUCUUCUGCCGCGGGGGUGAGGGAGUGUGUCGUAGGGAGGGCGAUACAGGUUCAGGGGGGAGUUAUCGUGGAGAACCGAGGGGAGAGGUUUGUGUGCCUCAAAUCUGCCUCAACGGCUCAGUUUUUUUCAACUGCUUCUCAGAUCCUCAACCAUGCAUUUAAAACACACUGAAUCUGGACUGAUGAUGCGUCUGUCCGUCGACCUCUGAACUCUAAGGUUUGACUUUAACACCACUGAAAGAUUUGAAAGUUUUUUGCUCACAGGUGUGGAAACAUUUCUCUGGAUUUUCUCUUGUUUACCAGUUAUGAAGCUGAGUGAGUGUCUCUGCAGGAUCUGACCCGGCCGCAGACCUGAUUUCUCAACUCGUGCGUCAUCAGGCUGCUGGAAACUACAUUUUUCUCUAAAAGCGCGCUUUCCAGUGGUGCUCUUAUAAAACUGUUUUCUGCUCUGACGUUUGACAAACUAAACAAGCAGACCUACUGUUUAAAACCCCCCAGAGAGAGAGAGAGAGAGAGAGAGAGAGAGUCUGAGCAGGAGAGAGAAGCUGACGCUGAAGCCAGUCAGUCCCUGUUUCUCUCCGAGUGCAGCUCUGAGUAAUAGAAACAUGUCAGGAGACACUGAACGCAUUGAUUUCUCUCAACACACAGAGAAAGUGAUCAUCAGACUGCUUCAGCAGGAGAUAAACAAGAGAGAGAGGAGGAGGAGGAGGAGGAGGAGGAGGAGGAGGAGGAGGGGAUAAUGUGCAUCCUGAUGUUCAGAUCUGUAAAACAAAUGAGGCUGUAAAGGUCAGAACAGACUGAUCCAGAGAGAAGAGGAAGAAGAAUAGAGAAGAAAAUGAGCAAGAAGAUGAUGGUGAUGAUGACGAAGGUGGAAAACAUUUUUUUUCAUUUCCCAUCAGGUAAAAUCAGCUGAUCCUGCUGCAAAGAACCAACAAACACCUGAUCAGAUGUGCAGAUAUAAACAGGUGUAAAUCUGAUCAGAUAUUGAUGAAUAAACAGGUGUGACUCUUACAAGUUAAAAAAGUUCCCAGGUUGACGUGGGCCCGCUCUAAAGUCUGAGACUCUAACGCAGACUGUUUUCCUCUCUGCAGCUGAUAAAUGAGUCUCAAUUAGAGCCCACUUUUCUGAGGGUUCACUGCAGGUCAGAUGAAAAUGCUAAACUGAGAAAAUGGCCUGAAAGCAGGAGGAUAAUACGAUCUAAAGUUACAGUGAUUAAUGAUGAGGAAGAAACGUAAACUUUUGCUUUAAAUGGAGCGUUUCUCCAACUCUGAAGUUCAACUUUCACAAUAACACUGAACAAACUUUAUACGCUGCUGUUUAUACCUUUAAAAAGGAUGUACAGGUGUGCUGUGAAGAGGUUUGAAAGCUUUUCCAGCGUUCACCUUUAGACGUUGAUUUUGCAUUGAGAUCAGAGUUAAUGAGGAAAUCUGCUCCUGUUACAGGAUUCAACACAUAACCAGUGAUUCUCAGUAUGAGUGAUGGGAAGAGCUGUUCUUUUGACUGUACUGAAUCUUUAGAAUCCGUUCAUUAAAAUGAUUCGUUCAAAAGAUUCGUCCACCGAAUCAGUCAGUGCUCCGGAGCCCCGUCCAGCUGGGCGCAGUACACGAGUGAGUGACACAGUGGCGUUGAUCGGGGGUUUCGUUCACCUAACGAACCCCUCCCCUGGUGCUGAACAAAACGCACAGCGUCGUUCACUGGGUGACAUGUCGUUCAUUCGCCAAGUCCUGAAGGGAGAAUGAGUCCCCUGCCCUGAAAAUCUCACCUCUCUGUGCGCUGCCGAUGUUCCCAUCAUGGCGCAAGUGAAACAACACAACAGCAAGCAGCACGCCCGCUUAACAAGCGCGAGUCGUUGUUCUUCUUUAUUCCGGAAAAGUGGAGAGAUUAAAAAUGAAUAAACUGUAGCAGGGAGUCUGAUACUUUUAAAGAUCGUUUUGUUCACAGUCUGACUGAAACAUGUCGUUUAUUCACUGUGAGCAAAUCACAAGACUCCGCCUACCUGCUCGCUCACUCGCAGGCUCUGUGUCGUUCGCAGCUGAGCUCAACUGAACUGAGAAAGGAACGACUCAGGUCUUGAAAUGAUUCUGUUCACGUCGUUCACUCUGCAGUUCCGUUCUUUUGAGUAUGAAGCAACAUUUACUGAGUGUCAGUCAGACUCUCAUCGUCACGCCUUGAACUGUUAAUCACAGCAGCUGAACUUUGUCAGUGUUUAGGCUCCGCCCCCAUCACUCCACACAGUUUGACACUUAAAUGCAAAAAACUAGAGACUGAUGGGAAAAUAUCCGAGGUUGAUAAUUGAUCAAAUAUAUUAAAUCCACAGCAGACAGUGAACAUGCAGAUAACUCUGCAGCCCAUGUUUAUAUUACUAAUAUUUCUCAGUGGAGCUUUAUCAUGUGCUGCUGAUUUAAUGUGACAUUUACUGACUGUCACUGCUGUUAUACUCAUUACAAUGACUGUCAGAACGAUGCCUUCAAUGACCGCUGAUGACUGUAAACACAUCACGUUCAGACUUCUCAUUUAGACAGAGCUGUUAUCAGGAAAGCCACACACACAUGCACACACACACACACACACACACACACACACACACUGAUCUCCCUGGAAAAACUGUUGACAUUUGAACACAUCGUGGUGAAUCCUCAAUGACCAGGCUGAAGGAGACCUGACUCCCCGAGGACCAGGAGGAGGAGGGAAGGUGUCACCGCAGCAACCAGCGUCGUCCUAAUGACCAUUUUAUACACUGACUGUGCUCCUCCUCCUCUUCAUCACCUGCGGCAGGAUUAUGUUAAUGAGACAUGACAGAGCGCAGGAGCGAGCAGGUGAAGAAGAACAGAGCUGGUUUGUGCCCUCCAGGGGCCGAGCGCAGAUCCAGAGCGGAUUUCUGGUUAUUGAGGCUGCGGUGCAAAGCACUGAUUUAGGUGAUGGAUGGAGUGAUAAAGAGAAGGAGAAUGAGGGAGAAAACGAGGGAGUGAAACGAGGUAGUCGGCUGAAGGACGAGAGUUCAGGGUCUGAGUUGAGCCGAUUUACAGGAGGAAAAGGAACGUUUUGAAGGCUGCAGGGCUGAGAGCAGAAAGAUUCAGUUUUAUUCUUCUGUUCAAACUAAAAACCUUCAACCAGAGAUUAUCACCCUCUUCACAGAGUCCCCUUUAACAUUACUGUCCACAUGCUGCUGCAUUAAAUCAGAUUUAUACAAAGGGAAGAACAGGAUUGGUUUUGGAUCGGCAUUUCCUGCCAAAUUCUGACUUGAAUUAUGAGUUUAAACGGCUUUUACACACAUUUAUACAUCUGUGCUGCAGUCUGAGGCGUGUUUAGGUUACUGUUUGUAUUCUGAGUAGAAUCGACCAAUAGGGUGUCAGCGAGCUUAAAGGUGGGGUAGGCAGGAUUCCGUUAAAGAAGCAUCUUUUUUGUGGUGUUUAUACAAAAAAGCUUUUAAUAUCAGUCAAUAACUGUUAGUUAUUGAUGACAUUUGGUAAUAUAAUGAUAUCGCUGUGUUUUUUUUAUCCCUGUGUGAUCAACAUUUUACAUUUUUUGAGCGGCCCGCUCUUUCUGACUGUUCAAGUCGUUCUCCGCCUUCUCCAACCUGAUUUCGAACAUUAUUUAAUCAAAUAAGACAAUAAAAUACAAAUCAGGAAGAAAAGAAAACCAACAACAAUGUCCGAAAAGGAAAAGGAGUACGGAAAAUCGUCUGAAUCCUCCUUUGACCACGACUGCCAACACAAGCAAGAAAAGACCAGACAAGAGCUAAAAAGUCGGGUCAAAAUCAGCAUAAACACUCGGGGACACUUUGGGAUCUUUGUGACCCUGAUACGAUACGAGCGAGCAGGGGCGUCUGUAUGUGGGCGGGGCUUGCUAGAGCAAAGAGGGAGGGGAGAGGAGGAGGAGCUGAGGGGAGGGUGGUGUUUGCAUUCAAGAUUUCUCCUAAAAACUGGCACUUCCUCAAAUCCUGCCUACCCCACCUUUAAGCGUCUGCAGGAAAAACAGUCUGUAUGGAGAGCAAAAGCAGGAGAAACAUAAUCCACCAUACAGAGUAUUUAUUACCACUGACUGUCUCUGAACUAAUCAGAGAUCGACUGAAAUCGUAAGAACUAAAGGAAGAAGUUGUUUCUGACUGUAAUAAAUGAGACAGGAUGGAUGUAAAGGAUGAUUUGCAGGCUAACGCAGAGGCAGAAAAGCUUCACAUGGUCUCUGUCUUCAAGCAAACCUUCAGCAAACUCGUUCCCUCGUAUCAAAGACAGGAUAUCAGUCAGAGGACUUCCUCUUAUCGUGUUAGCGGGGAAGCUUCUUACGCAAUGAGAGCGAUAAGAGCCAGAGCAGGAGGCAAAGAGGUAAAUCACAGCAGGAAGGGGAGAGGGAGACAGAAAGAGAAGCCCAAGGGGGGUGAAGAAGAGCAGAAUGAAGAGGAGACAUGGAGGGGAGGGAGGAGAGCUAACGCUGUGUUUCAUCACUGUCAGAAGCGGGCCCCGUCGCUCGGCAUGCUGGGACGGAGAGAAAAGGAAGGAGGAGACGCAGGAGGGAGUUCCAGCUCAGUAAACUCAGCUCAUUUAUCUGUAAUCUUCCUCCAGAUAAUGUUCCUCUGACUCAGUUUGUUUGUCGACUCACAGAGAGACAGAGUUAGAGAGAAAGACAGAGUUAGAGAGAGGGAGAGUUAAAGGAGAGAUCUCUGCAGACUGAGGAGGAUAUGUUCAUUUAAGUCCAUCCUGACAGCCUUGGGACCAUCACUGGCUGCUUUCACUACAGUAUCUAAAACUGGAGGCUGAUUCUUUUUUUAAAGUUACAACCUUGAAGCUUCUGUUUAGAGAGGAUGACCCUUUAAUUUGAGAGCUGACAUGGAUGAAAUCUGUGAGAGCUGCCGAUGGUCCUUGUGGAAUAAAUAUGGCCUGAGCGAGAGAUGAAAUCCUGGAUGCACACAGACCAUGAGUUAAGCUUUACAGUAAAGAGGCCAAAAGAGGAAAUAUCCCAGUAUGCUGUGUGAUUAAUCUUUAACACGGUGCAGCUGAUAUAUAACGUGUUUGGAUGAGUCUGUCCUCAGGUGUUCCUCAAGGACCUCUCCUCAGCCCAAUACUGUUUUUAUUCCACAGUACAACUAAAUCUGACUGUAUGCAGAUGAUACUGUAAUUUACAUGCACAAUGACAAUCCAGGUUGAAGCAAAGAUCUACAGAUUAUUCAUCCAUCCAUCUAUUUUCUACUGCUUAUCCCAUUGGGGGGUUGUGGGGUGCUGGAGUCUAUCCCAGCAUCUUGGGGCAAAGGGGACAACCUUGACAAGUCGCCAGUUUAAUGCAAGGCUGACAUAUAGAGACAGAGAGACAUUCACACCUACAGGCCACUUGGAAGUGACCAAUUAACCUAAAAUUAAAUCAAAUCAAAUGCAUCAGAUUUCAUAUGGCGCUUUAUCAGAGAUCCUUAAAUUGCUUUACAUUGGAUACAUCAUUCAUUCGCUCACACAGUCACGGCUUGGCGGUGGUAAACUACCUUAGUAGUCACAGCUGCCCUGGGGCAGACUGACGGAAAUGUGGCUGCCAGUUUGCGCCUACAGCCUCUCCGACCACCACCACACAACACUCACAAUCAUACACCAGUGGAGGACACACUGGGAGCAAGGUGGGUUAAGUGUCUUGCCCAAGGACACAACGGACAGACUCAGGAUAGGGGGGAAUCGAACCGCUCUACCUCUUGAGCUACUGCCGCCCACAUACCUAACCCCACUUCUGCAUGUUUUUGGGAUGUGGGAGGAAACAGGGGUACCUGUAGUAAACCCACACAGACACAGGAAGAACAUACAAACUCCACACAAAAAUGCCCUGACCUAGAUCCAUGUUUACGUGAACGGUUCAGUGAAGCAACAGUUUUAGCUCAGUUAGGUGAUUCAACUGGACUACUGUACCUGUCCCAGUCUACAAGUACCAGGUGAGAUUCAGCUGAUUGUGCAGAUAGUGCACAAUAUAAGGUGACCAGAUAUCCUCAAUUUCCAGGGACCAUCCCCAUAUUGGAUGACCUGUCCCCGGCUAAAGCUGUCCCUGGAAAUGUCCCUAAAUUAGCGUUUUAUGAAUGAGAAUAAAAAUAUUGCAUGUAGACAAGAACAAUGAUUAUUUCGGUAGCAGAGAAGGUCGGAAGCGCAAGUAAGCAUGUUGUGCACAGUCCUGAACAACAGUUUUUAUGGGGGGUUAUUACGGGGGGCGUGCGCUGCUACUAAGUAGUGCUGAGAUGUUGUCUGUGGUCACGCAGCAGGAUGUCCCCGGUGGUCAUCUUAGUACAAGAUAAAAGUUUGAUUCCCUUUACAUCCCGAGGAGCUGUCUGAUGUGGUUCAACAUGUGGUCAGCAUCCUCCUUGGCUGGUUUCUCCAGAGGACUCUAGAUAUGACCACUGAUGAGGACCAAGAUGUGAACCCAUAUCAUCUGGCCUUGAAAUUCCUGAUUUUCCAGGAGAAGGUGGGAAACAUUGCUGUGCAAGGAGACCUCUGGUUUAAUCAUUCCUCCUCCUGCGUUUACAGCCAAACAUGGAUCAGAGCAAAAAGGAAAACCAUGUUUGGAUAGAUGUUGUCUUCAGAGUUUUUCUGUCUGAGUGAGCAGUCUUUUUUUUUUGCUGGUUUCAGAGUAACACGGCUCAGAUUGUCUCCCGAGGGGAGGAUAAAGUCUGAGGAGCUUCUUCAGCAGCCGUUUGCUCUCCUAAUGGUGACAAAUAAAGAUGUGACGGAUAGGAACGAUAGAAAGACGGGAGUGUGGCUGAUGGAAGCUGUUAGAUGAAGAACAGCAGAGAAAGCUGCAGCUGCUUUCCCUCAGAGCAUCUGCCUGUAAUGAAUCAGCGUCAUUAUGAGGCCUGAGGAGACGCUGUCGCAGUGCUGCAGAGCUGCUGUUCAGACGCCCGAGGAGGAAACAACACCAGCGACCACAUCACAGCUGAUAACCAUCAGGAUGAGGAGGGCAGACGGAGAGAGAGAGAGAGACAGACUGAUGCAGGACUGAGUUUUGACUCUGCUGCAGCCUGUCACAGUCAGCAGGACGCCAGAUUAAUGUUUUGACCUUUGCAGUGGCAGCUGCAGUGAUUUCCAACAUAUUUAUGAUCAUUACUUCCUGUCUCCUGCCGACACGUCCCAUCACCACCACGCCGCUCUGAACGGCGAGGAGCCUGGUGGAAAAACACUGAAACAGCAUCCAGACAAAAUGACAGAGAGCAGAGGAAAUAUCAGGACAGAACACCGAAAAUAGGACAGCUGCUUCCUGAUUGGCUGUCAGCUGUAAAUCAUAAAUCGUUCUAUCAGGCAGUUUAACCUCCGUUUUAAACCAGAUCUCCAUUUUAGAUUUUAACUAACCCUGGAAACCUCUCUGACAUUUUAGGUCCUCAUAACUCACUCAAGACUUCUGGAACGUCUGUUGGAUCUGUUUCAACCUCCACAAAGUCUUCAAAAACCUUGAGCAGGACUUUGAAAACUUCUUCAAGGACCUCUGAAACCGUCACAAGGACAUUUCAAAACCUUCCCAGGAAUCUUUUCGACCAUUUCAACACUAUCAAGGACCCCUAGACCCUCAAAAAGAGAUCUGGGACAAGUUAAAACUGGUGACUUAUCAUGACUUCAAAACCUUUUCAGGAUCUUCAGGGUAGCAAAACCUUCACAAGAACAUCUUGAGGUUUUAAAGUAAUUACUUAGCUAUCUUAACUCUCCCCAGGACCUCAAAAACCAUCUUAAAGACUUUCUCAAGGGGAUCUAAAACCUUCCCAGGGAUCUUCCACCUCCAACAACUUUCGAAAAACUCUACAAGGACAUCAAGAACAUUGACAAGGACCUCUAAAACAGCUUUAUUCAUCCUAAACCUUCAAUGACUUAUUAACGCUCAGAUCCCCAAAGUUCCCAUGAGGACCUCUGAAACCUGAAAUGCUCUUCCAAAAAUGUCUCAAAGACCUCUCACACCACCUCAAACCCUCUCAAGAACCUUUCACAGCUCCACAAACCCUCUCAAGAACCUUUCACAGCUCCACAAACCUUCUCAAGAACCUUUCACAGCUCCACAAACCUUAAUAAGGACUUCUCACACAUCCACAAACUUUCACAAGGAUCUCUCAGACCUUCACAUAGAAUCCCCAACAUUGCCUGUGGUCUUAAGGACCUUCCAAGCCUUCAUAAGGACAUCCAAACUUUCUCAAGGACUUCUUGAGAUGUUGCAGUGUCUUAAUAGGACAUCUAAACCACCAGAAAAAACACUUCUUGAGGACAUCUGUAACAUCUCCAAGUGUCCUGUAGCCUGAAUGAUACACUGCACAACCUCAGAAAAGGACCUGGAAACUCCUCAAAGACUUUCAAGGCCUGCUUCAAAUUUCUAGGGGACCACAAUGACCUUUCAGAUCCUCUUAGAAAAAAGGACCUCUAAACCUUUGUAGCCAUCCAAAGACCUCUAAAA